CCUUCCCCUUUCGAAUUUGAUUCCAAACAGUACUCAAAACACCGGCGUCGUUUCUUUCUCUCUCUUCCUCACACACUCUCUCUCCUCUUUUCCAUUCUCCCUCCCUCAUCCCUGUGCCUCUCUGCCGAACCACCACCGAACCACCGUGUCUUAGCUCCGUCAACGGCCCCAACCACCAGGAGCCACAAAAUUCUAUCGAACUAGUCUCGUUCUGUAAUUUUCUUCGAUACCCUAGGGCACCGAACCACUCUCUCUUUAUCUGCGAUCACUGAUCUACCUCCUCUUCUUUUUCGUAUCCCAUCUUCAGGAUAUCGAAAAUCCAGAUUUUGGUGUCUUUUUGUUCUGUUGGAAAAUUAAUUAUGAAUUUGACUCAGCAUCUGGUUUGAAUAGACCACCAUGGCCUAUGAGCUUUCUGAUAGUAGUGGCACAGAUGAUGACCUUCCUCCUCCACAUCGAAAUAGAUUUGCAAGUGGGGGCCAUGCUGCUGGAAAUGGAAGAUCUGCAGUUGUAGGAACUGCUCCUUUCCCUCGGAUGCAUAGUGAUAUGGAGAGCCAGAUCCACCACAUAGAGCAAGAAGCAUAUAGCUCCGUCCUCCGGGCCUUUAAAGCUCAAUCUGAUGCCAUUACUUGGGAGAAGGAAAGUUUAAUAACUGAAUUGAGAAAAGAGCUGAGGGUAUCAGACGAGGAACACAGAGAACUUUUAUCCAGGGUUAAUGCCGAUGACAUCAUUAGGAGGAUAAGGGAGUGGAGGAAAGCAAGAGGCCUCCAACCCGGCAUGCUCAGUAGUAGCCAACCUGUUCAUGAUCCCGUGCCUAGUCCUACUGUUUCUGCAUCACUCAAGAAGCAGAAGACAUCUCAAUCAAUAGCUUCCUUAACCCUAAGUGCACCAUCUCCUGCGUUGCAUCCAUCUGUGCAGCCAUCUUCAUCGGCAUUGAAACGAGGCCCUGCCUCAGGAGCAAGGGGCAAGAAGCCAAAAUCAUUCCCUUCUGCAGGUUUCACUGGAAGGGCCCAAGUUCCAUACCAUGGUUCUUCAGGUGCCUUUGCGGUAAACGAACCUGCUGAAGCAGCAAACUUUGAUCCACUAAUCGGAAGGAAAGUUUGGACAAGGUGGCCCGAAGACAAUAACUUCUAUGAGGCUGUUAUAACUGACUAUAAUCCUGUUGAGGGCCGGCAUGCUCUGGUUUAUGAUAUUAAUACGGCAGAUGAAACAUGGGAAUGGGUCAAUCUCAAAGAGAUAUCUUCUGAAGAUAUUCGGUGGGAAAGUGGGGAUCCUGGAGUUUCUCGUAGAAGUGGCCGUGGUGGACUAGGCCGUGGAGUUAAGAAGUCCAUGGCCCGUGGUGGCGCUGUUGGUGUUGGAAGAGGUAGAGGGAUAUCUAAGGGCCCUUCCAAGAAGGAUUUCCCAACAUCAGAAAAUGGCAUUGGGAAGAAGGCUUUGGGUGAUAUUGAAAUAUUUCACACUGAUACUCUAAUCAAGGAGGUGGAGAAAGUUUUUAGUGCAAGCCAGCCGGAUCCCUUGGAGAUUGAGAAAGCAAAGAAAUUGCUAAGAGAGCAUGAACGGUCCUUAGUUGAUGCGAUUGCGAGGCUUGAAGAUGCAUCUGAUGGUGAAAGUGCAGAUGGUGGAGAGCAUCAACUCUCACAGGGGCAGUCACUGGACCGAGAACGAGGUGAGAGAAAACGGCAAUAUGAUGAAAUGGGUGGAGAAGGUACAGCUGAAGGUUCCGAUGGCAAUAAAAUGGUUAGAGAAGGAAGAGCUGGAUCUGAUGCCCAGCAAGAUGAGGGCGAUGGCAUGUGAUUAUUGUAGGUGUAUAGGAGUGGGCAAACCCAAAUUGUAUCAUGCCCUUUUCUAAUUUUAUUAUGAGAAGCUAGAUGGAUAUUUAUUUUUGGUUGUAGUUGGGGGGAGAUUUGCGUAAAAUUUUACUUUACUGUAACAUAGAUGGGGACUAGAAAUAUGCUUUAUGUAAAAUUAUGCAGUGAUGAAUAAACCGUGACCCUGUAAAGAUUGUUUUAUGAUGCUUGCCUUCGAUUA